AAACUUGGAAACGGAUCAAUCUGCACAACAAAAAGGAAGUGCCAUUUGGCGCCAUUCGGCGCCAUUCGAGGGUCGGAGGUGACAGAUGACGUGGCAUAUUAUGAUUAGCAAUUGAAGAGCUAUUAUUGUGAAGUUGGGAGGAGAAAAUAGUGGCUAAAAGCAGAUGCAUGAUGAGUGACACGUCGCCACCGCUCUUCUGUGCCAGAGCUUUACGAAUUUGCUAAUUUGCCAUUUCUCUCUCUCUCUAGGGUUUUCAGAUUCUCUUUUAGUUUUUAGAAAGAGAAAAGUAUUUAAUAAGUUUAUACUCGGAUUUUUUUCUUUUUAUUUUUUUUAAUUUUUUUAUAUAUGUUUAUGUAUGCAUGCUUUUAUGGAGCUGAUUCCAAGCACUUUUCUCUCAGAUUCGGAUCCUCCACUUGCCUGAACCCGACCAGAUCGUCUCUGUCGGUGUAUUCGAUCCGAUCCGACUGUUUUCGGAGCUCAAUCUCGAACAAUCCGAGAGUGAAAUCUUUAUCUGCAAAAUAUCUGGCACUGAAAGCCAGGUUGCUCCACUUAGAUGGUAUGCAAAAGUUGCUUAAGGAGUGUGAUUGUUCAAGCUGGGCAUUUAGGAACAUUUACGACAAGAAGGGUGCGGUUGAGCAAUACUGGAAAGAGCUUGCAUGCAAGUCUUGGCUUUACACAUUGGUGGAAUCGUGAAUUUAAAACGAGUUUAAGGAUGAUGGUUGAUACGAGUGCAACCGGAAAAAGAGGGCCAAUCAUCGAUGUGCUGCCAGAGAAAGAUGAUGAUGGUGGAUAUGCUAGUGGAGGGUGGAAAAGUGAAGAUGGAAAAUUAAGCUGUGGAUAUUCAAGUUUCAGAGGAAAGAGAGCCACCAUGGAGGAUUUCUAUGAUAUUAAAACAUCGAAGAUUGAUGGCCAAACAGUCUGCUUGUUUGGGAUAUUUGAUGGGCAUGGUGGAUCUCGUGCUGCUGAAUAUUUAAAGGAGCAUCUCUUUGAGAAUCUCAUGAAGCAUCCACAAUUUAUGACGGAUACCAAAUUGGCUAUUAGUGAAUCAUACAAGCAGACUGAUUCAGAUUUUUUGGAUACUGAGCGAGAUACUUAUCGGGAUGAUGGUUCCACUGCCUCAACAGCAGUCCUGGUUGGUAAUCAUCUAUAUGUCGCAAAUGUUGGAGAUUCACGUACGAUAAUAUCAAAGGCUGGCAAAGCAAUUCCUCUCUCUGAGGAUCAUAAACCAAAUCGAAGCGAUGAAAGGAAGAGAAUUGAAAGUGCUGGUGGUGUUGUAAUGUGGGCAGGUACCUGGAGGGUAGGAGGCGUGUUAGCCAUGUCUCGUGCUUUUGGUAAUCGCAUGUUAAAACAAUUUGUUGUGGCAGAACCUGAGAUCCAGGAUCAAGAGAUAGAUGAUGAAUUUGAAUUUCUUGUGCUUGCAAGUGAUGGGCUGUGGGAUGUUGUACCCAAUGAGGAUGCUGUUUCACUCGCCCGAACAGAAGAAGAAACUGAGGCUGCAGCUCGUAAAUUAACAGAGGUUGCCUUUACUCGUGGUAGUGCAGACAAUAUAACAUGCAUUGUCGUGAGGUUCCACCAUGACAAAGCAGCUCCAGCCGGUUCCAGUCCCCAACAUGAUUAAGGGCAUGGCCAGCAAGGCCACUAAGGUCUUUGCCUGGGCUCUGAAAAAAGAAAGGGUCUAAAAUAAAAUUUUCAUAUUAAAUGUAUUUGGACUUAUUUGUUUUUAUAUUUUUUUCCCAUAUAAAACAAGUAAUGGGUAACAUCUUGUUUUUUAAUUAUAAAUUAAAUAUGAGCAUUUACUUUUCAAGAAUAA